AUGAGAAGGGGAAAGACAAAAUUAGAGCUCCUGACUGAUAAGUCAGUAAGGACUCAGACUUACAAGAAGAGGACGAGAGGCUUUAUGAAAAAAGCCAAUGAGCUGGCGACUCUCUGCGGUGUCAAAGUUUGUGCGGUUAUCCAAAGCUGCGACAGUACGGAGCCGGAUUUUUGGCCGUCAAGGGAAGGGGUUGAAGCAGUGUUCUCAGACUUUAUGAACUUGGAGGAGACGAAACGGUUCCAUAGGAUGUACGACCAAGAAAGUUACACGUGGGAGAGGAUCAUUAAAGCAGAAGAGAAACGGAUGAAGGUACUUGCUGAGAAUCGAGAGAUGGAGCUUACAGAGAUCAUGUUCAACUUUCUCAAGGGGGAGAAGAUUCCGCAGCAUCACUAUCAUGAUGCAAAUUUUAUUGGAGAAUUUCAGCAAUUGCUUGAUGAUUAUCAAAAGGAACUAACUCACAGGAUGGAGAUCCUCAUGGCGAAUGGUGAGUCAGUUCCUCUUAAUGUCGAUGCUACAGAUGCAUCUGGUCCUGUUGUUGGUGAUGUGAACCAGGUUGUUGUCGGAACCGAGGGUUCGGUAAGUAACCCUACUGAAGUUUAUGAUCAUAUGCCUCAAUAUGAUGAUAUGGAUAUGAGUGUGAAUGAGCAGGCUGGAGGUUCUAAUGAUCAUGUUCAUAACCAGAAUAUGAAUCAUCACGAGCAAUUUCAAUACCAAACUCCUAGUAAUUUAAAUUUGUAUGAUCAGACUCAGCCUAGGUUUUAUGGUUCGAACCAGGGUGUGAAUAUGAAUAGUCAAGUUCCAUUUCAAUACCAAACUCCUACCUUUUAUGAUCAGACUCAGCCUAUGUUUUAUGGUUCGAACCAGGGUGUGAAUAUGAAUCGUCAAGUUCCAUUUCAAUACCAAACUCCUACCUUUUAUGAUCAGAAUCAGCCUAUGUUCUAUGGUUCGAGCCAGGAUGUGAAUACAGGUUUGACUCAUGGUCAGGGUAUGAAUCAGCCUAGGUUCUAUGGUUCGAGCCAGGAGAUGAAUACAUGUUUGAGUGAUGAUCAGGGUAUGAAUCAGCCUAGGUUCUAUGGUUCGAACCAGGAUAUGAAUACAUGUUUGAGUGGUGAUCAGGGUAUGAAUCAGCCUAGGUUCUAUGGUUCUAGCCAGGAUAUGAAUACAUGUUUGAGUGAUGAUCAUGGUAUGAAUCAGUCUAGGUUCUAUGGUUCGAACCAGGAUAUGAAUACAUGUUUGAGUGGUGAUCAGGGUAUGAAUCAGCCUAGGUUCUAUGGUUCUAGCCAGGAUAUGAAUACAUGUUUGAGUGAUGAUCAUGGUAUGAAUCAGCCUAGGUUCUAUGGUUCGAGCCAGGAUAUGAAUACAGAUUUGACUCAUGGUCAGGGUAUGAAUCAGCCUUGGUUCUAUGGUUCGAGCCAGGAUAUGAAUACAGGUUUGACUCAUGGUCAGGGUAUGAAUCAGCCUAGGUUCUAUGGUUCGAGCCAGGAUAUGAGUACAGGUCUGACUCAUGAUCAGGGUAUGAAUCAGCCUAGGUUCUAUGGUUCGAGCCAGGAUAUGAAUACAUGUUAUCAGGGUAUGAAUCAGUAUCCAAAUCCAAACCAAUCGUUUACGAGUCUGUUGAUGGGACAACUUCAGCAAAUGAGUGGUGUUCAAUAUCUUCCAAGCGUUGCUUCCAUGGAUGACAACAACAACAGCUACCACCAGCUACCAAUCACCAGUCAGAUACCUUCCACCACUACUACCACCACCAGCACCAACGCUGCCCCCGAUCUUUCUGGUCAUAGCAUCAACAAUAAGCGUUGGCCAACAAGGCUUGGUUUGGACUGA